AGAAAAAAAUAAAACAGGGCUUUACAGAGUGAAAAGUACAGAGGAUUUAGCAGAAAAUAAAAGAAGAAAGGCCCUUCUUUUUCCUCUGUGUUUCCUUCUUUUUAAGCUUUACUUCUCUAUCCAUUUCCCUGGGAUUAUGGGUUCUUCUCAACAACAACAACAUCAUCACGACGACUCGAACUGCGUUCGUGUUCAUGGACCUAUAAUCGUAGGCGCAGGGCCUUCCGGUCUAGCAACAUCAGCUUGCUUAACUCAACAUGGGGUGCCUUCCAUUAUCCUUGAGAAAAGCGAUUGCUUGGCUUCUCUAUGGCAACACCGAACUUAUGAUCGUCUCAAACUCCACCUCCCCAAACAGUUUUGCCAGUUACCUCUCAUGGGUUUCCCUCGAAAUUUCCCAAAGUACCCGACCAAGCGCCAGUUCAUCUCCUACUUGGAAUCCUACGCUUCACACUUCUCGAUUCACCCGAGGUUAAACCAAGCCGUGCAAAGCGCCGAGUACGAUGAUGUUUCGGAGGUUUGGAGGGUUCAAACUCAGGACUCCGAGUACAUUUCGAGGUGGCUUAUCGUUGCUACCGGCGAAAAUGCCGAGCCUGUUAUACCAGACAUUCCCGGGAUCAACAAGUUCCACGGCUCUGUCGUUCAUACCAGCGAAUACAAGUCCGGUUUCGAGUUUAAAAACCAAAGGGUUUUGGUCGUCGGAUGCGGCAACUCCGGCAUGGAGGUCAGCUUGGACCUUUGUCUAUACAAUGCAAUCCCUCACAUGGUUGUUCGGAACACGGUGCAUGUAUUGCCAAGGGAAAUGCUUGGUUUCUCAACAUUUGGGAUUGCAAUGUCAUUUCUCAAAUGGUUCCCACUAAGGCUAGUAGACAAGUUCCUGCUGCUGGUAUCCAAUUUCAUCCUAGGCAACACCGACCGAAUCGGUCUCCGGCGGCCAAAGACCGGUCCAAUCGAGAUCAAGAACGUCACGGGAAAGACGCCGGUGCUGGAUGUCGGGGCAUUAUCACUGAUAAAAUCUGGGAAAAUUAAGGUGAUGGAAGGUGUGAAAGAGAUAACAAGGAAUGGAGCAAAGUUUGCGGAUGGACAAGAGAAGGAGAUUGAUUCAAUAAUCUUGGCGACUGGGUACAAAAGCAAUGUGCCUACUUGGCUCAAGAGGUGUGAGUCGUUUUUCAACGAAGAUGGGAUGCCGAUAACGCCGUUUCCUGACGGAUGGAAAGCCGAGAAGGGGUUGUACACGGUUGGGUUCACAAGAAGAGGGCUCCAAGGAACGGCUUCCGACGCCGUUAAAAUUGCUAUAGACAUUGCUCAACAAUGGCGGCCAAUUAACAACAACAGUUGUAAUUCUCAUGUUAUCCAGCUCAAAGGAAGAUGA